AUGGUGGUUGACCGACCCUCACUCGCCACAGACAAGGGUCGGCGACCCUCACCCACCCUAGGCAAGGGCCGCAAUGCCCUCACCAACCAAAGUGAGGGCGUGCAAGCCCUCACACCAAGGGUCGACGGCCCCUUGCUGAGAGCUAGUGAGGUGGAGGGAGGGAGUACUACAUCGGAGGGAGAAUGGAGGCGACCCCCUGCACCCUGCUAUCGCUGUCUCCUCUCGUUCACGGCAAUAUUCACUGGCGCUGGCGCUAGCGACGAUCCCCUCGAUCCGACCGGCAACAUCACCGUCUGGUGGGACGUCGUGUCGUGGACGCCGGACGGCUACGUGGCAUCAGUCAACAUCACGAACUACCAGCGCUACCGGAUGGUGACGGAGCCCGGCUGGAGGCUGGGGUGGACGUGGGCGCGGAAGGAGGUCAUACGGAGCGCGGUCGGGGCACGCCCGAUGCGCCGAGGAGAUUGCUCUAAGCACGAGCGGGAUGUACCCGCUUCCUGCAUGCGCAGCCCGACGGUGGUCGAUCUGAUGGCUGAGGCGCCCUUGAAGGACAAGAUCGACGGCUGUUGCAAGGGGGGAGUCCUGUUGACCAAGCUGCAGGACGCUCGGAAGUCGACGGCGGGGUUCCGGAUCGCCGUGGGGAACGCAGGAACGACGAACGCGACGGUGCAGAUUCCCAAGAACUACACUCUGGUCACGCCAGGCGGCGAGUACUCUUGCUCGAGCCCGAAGAUCGUGCGACCCACCCUGUUUGUGUCUCCGGAUCUGAGGAUGGCUACUCUAGCCUUCAUGACAUGGCAGGUGGUGUGCCGCUACUCUCCGCCGCGAGGAUACAAGCCACCGUGCUGUGUGUCCCUGUCCUCCGAUCAAGGGAUGAAGAUCCCGUGCGCUACUUGCGCAUGCAAAUGCAAGCCCUCGGACGCCAGGUCCUGCGCUCCGAGUUCCGGCAAAUCCGAACGUGGGAGAUCACCGGUCCAGCGCACCAAUCACAUGUGCCCCAUCAGCAUAAAUUGGCACUUGCUGUCCAAAAGCGAGGGAAGCGUCCGGUGGUUUGAGGUGUCGAUCUCGAACCUGAAUCACCAUGCAAAUUACACGGACUGGAUCCUCAUGAUUCAGCAUCCGGCUGCACAAAAGCUUGCCAGAGCCAACACAAAUUACUGGUCGCUGCCGCCCAAGCUUGGGAGCAUGGACGUGCUGUGGGGGAUCGAACACUACAAUCGAGGGCUAGGGCCGCUCGGAAGUGGUCAUUCCACGGCAAAGUUCAAAAUUAGUUACAAGGGGAGUUCUGGAAAUUGGAAUUUCUCAAGCAAUGUCUUCUUCAAUGGCGAUCGGUGCGCCAAUCCGCCUCUACCUCAACAAGGCUCCUCAACAUAAAUGGCUCUCGUUUUUUU